CACAAUCAAACAUGGGGCGGGUCGACGGGCUCAAAUUGUACCACAGACACAGAGAGCUGCAGAUCUAGUUAAGAUGCAGUCAAUGGAAACAAAAGGCACCUCCUUUGGUUAUGGUGUUCUUAAUUUAAUAGUGAUUGUAAUCUAAAACUAAUCAUUCUAUCAAUCAAAGUAAUAAUGGAUUACUUUUUUCAAAUUUACGUGGGAGUUCGGCGAUGAAUGAAAAGAAAAAUCAGAACUUUGCUUACAUUGUCAGUUUUCUUUAUUGAUUAAACUUCACUCUAAAGCAAUAGUAAUCUAAGUUAAUAACUAUUAUCAUAACCUUUGGUAUUACUAUGUUCUUCUUCUCUGGUUUUCACUGCCCAAAUGGAGAUCACAAGUAUAUUCUUUCUUUAUAUUCUUCUUCUUUCAUGGGUUUCUCUCACCAUUACAGGUUAUGGACCAGCUCCGGCACCGGAAUCUGGUGAUAGUAUUGGUUUGUCUCCGGAUUAUGACAAAAUGUCGGAACCACCGGCAUUGUCUCCGGCGAUGGGAAUAAGUGGAGCUCCUGCACCGGGUUUGGGAGAGGAAAGUUCCGGUGAUUUGUCUUCUCCGCCGCCAGUGAAGUCCGAUCCGUGGACGGUGAAGUGGUGUGCUGUGAAAGAUGAGUUUGUGGACUGUCAGAACUAUUUGAACCUCUUGGGGCAGAAAGAGAAUUAUACUUGGGAAUGUGUUAAAAGAGAAACAACUGAAGCAUGUUUAGAAUCGAUAAAAAAAGGUGAAGCGGAUUUAAUAAACUUAGAAGCAGGAUUAGCUUACAUUGCAUUUCUCAAUUACUCAAUGAAAGCAAUUGCAAAUGAAGUGUACUGUAAUCAUGCUGAAAGUUAUGAAGCUGUUGCAAUUGUGAACAAAAAAUUAUGCAAACACGGAGAAGAAGAAAUUAGUUUAGUGGAUUUCAAAGGGAAAAGGUCUUGUCAUGGUGGUUAUUCAACAGCUAUGGGUUGGAAUUAUCCUGUUAAUCAUCUUAAGAAUUUGACUAGUUCUCAACAAUUGAAUGAUGAGGAGAUUGUAACAGGCUUUUUCUCCAAGGUUUGUGCGCCUUCGGAAUUUGAAAGUAAGGGUAUUUGUAGUGGGUGUGGUAAUGAAAAUGGUUCAUGUAGUGAGAGCAAUUUGUAUUCGGGUCAUUCAGGUGCCUUUCGCUGCCUUGUUGAGGAUAUGGGUGAUAUUGCAUUUGUUAAAGGAGAUACUGCAUUGCUUUUCUCCAAGGAAGGUCCAAAUAAUCAGACUUGGUCGACUAAGUCCAUGAGUGACUUCAUGUAUCUUUGUCUCCAGGGGGGCUGCAGGGAGAUCAAUGGUUAUCCUGGCGACUGUUCAUUUGGAGCAGUUCCUGCGAAUGUCAUAAUGACCAGUAACUCUAUAUCCAGCAAAAAGAUGUCUGCAGUUUUGCAGUCAUUGCUUAAUGCAACAUGGGUUGAUGCUCUUUACACUGGGAAAAAUGCAGCUGGCCACCUACUUAGUUCCAGUGCUCAAGGAUUAAUUCUAGUCGAGAAGCUCACAAGAUCAUACCUUGGAAAUUCAGCUUCCAUUUCUUCGAGUAUACAAGAAAUAAAUUUGAAAAAGGUUGAACCCUCAGCAAAAGAAUCAGUUCCAGGAUUGCCUUCUUCACCAUCAACACGUAUUCAGCAUACAUGGAUUAUAGCUACUUUCAUAGUCAUAUUUUCCCAGAGUUUUCUUUAAAAUACAUGAUAGAGUAGUUUAAGUUCUUGUUGCAAGUGUCAUUGAUAUAGAGAAGGUUUCACACAAUUUUGUAGUGGAAUGAAGAAUACAGAUAGAAGUUUUUACUGAUAAAAUUACAAAACAAGAUCUGCAAUUAAGAGCUCAUUAUAAAUGAUUACGUGGGAGUUUUACAGUGGGUUAUGGGAUAACAAAUUUCAAACAAUCUAGGCAAAUUUAAAGU